AUGAAUUUUUUCUUCAUCAUUUGAUUCUUGAGUUCCCUUGUUUUCUCUCAACGGUUUUUCGUAAUUUCAGAUGUCCAUCUCGAUGUCCACUAUAACUCUAGCUAUGACACUUCUUUUCAUUGCCACUCAACAAGACAUGUAGAGUCCUCAUAUAUCCCAACCCCAACAAAUAAUUCAAAAAUUUAUGGGCGAUUAGGCUGUGACAGUCCCAAAUCUCUACUGAAAAGUGCCCUAGAAGAAAUGAGGCUUAUAGAUCCAAGCCCAGAUUUUUUAGUCCUUCUUGGAGAUUCAGUAUCUCAUUAUGCUAUGCAUCUCCUUAAUAAUGAGAAUGAAAUUGACGUAAAUUACAACAAAUAUUUGGUUCGGCAGACCAUUGUGGAUUUGACUAACUUGGUAGAAGAAUUUUUCCCAGAGACUCAAAUAAUCCAAGCCAUAGGGAAUAAUGAUGGAUACGAAAGAUACCAAGCUCCAAGUGGGAGAGAAGGAGCAGAAUAUUUAGAAUUUCUAUAUGAGCUGUGGAAGCCAAGUGCUAUUGAGAUUUCUGGAAGCUUUUAUGAUGGAGGAUACUAUAGGAGCUUUACAGGUUCAGGAUACCAUAUAUUAGCACUUAAUACAAAUUAUUUGUCGUCACAGUCUGAAAGGAAAGAGGAAUCUUUAGAGCAGUUAGAGUGACUGCGGGAUGAGGUUGAAGAAAGUGAUGGUGACGUCAUUAUUUUGUUGCACAUUCCGCCAGGAUUUUCAAUGUAUGAUGGAGGAGAGCAAGGCUGGCACGAAGACUAUUCAAAGAUUUUCUUUGAUAUAGUUGAAAACAAUGCGAGAAAAAUAAAAUAUAUUUUAUCUGGCCAUAGACACCUAGGCUCUUUCAAAGUGAUCCCAAAUGCAACAGUCCCAUUUAUAGUCAACCCUGCCAUUUCUCCAAUUUUCUUCAAUAAUCCAAGUUUCCGAUAUUUCAAUGAAUCAGACUAUACAGACUUUAUCUUCAAUUUAUAUGAUGAAGCCCCAAAAUGAAAAAAGGAAUAUUCAUUCAAGGAGUUUUUCAAUUUGGAAGGACUUGACUUCAUCCAAGCUUAUUUAGAAUUAGAAAGCGAUGAUGAUUUAUUGGAAAAAUUCCUAAGUCAUAGCAGAGGGCUUAGCAACGUCAAAACCCUUUCAAGAGACCAAUUAUGAACGAUAGAGACUGGAGGAAAUCACACAGAAAUUCCAGAUACAUUAAGGAGAGUUGUACUUUGUUCAAUGAAAACCUUUGAUCAGGUUCAUUUUAAUUUAUGCAAGAAUAAUGAGAAUAUAUAA